AUAUUUUUCAGAUUACGACAAAGCUUUACUCCAGGAGGUAUACCCAUCCCACUACCCAAUGUGUAUGACAUGACGGGGCUACAGCCUGACGGCAACAACACUUCUGGGGGUGGAAUUGAGCCUUACUACUCCAUACAUUCUCGUCGUAGCACUCGCAAAAUUGUUCCUUGUGGCAGUGACAACACUCUCGUCUCUGGUGAAGAGCUCAUCUUCCAGUCUCAGAACUACCCAGAUAAUUAUCCCAAUAGCCAUACGUGUAGCUGGAGCUUUACGAAUGCCGAUCAAAAUGCAAAGCUUAUUGUGGUUUGUGAUCCAUUCUCUACCCAAAAGAACAAGGAUAAAUUGAUGUUCGAAGAAUCUGGUGGACAAAGUAAUGUGGCAGAGCUCCCAAAAGUAAGUGGACGGUACAACAGUUUUACGGUCAAGACUACCACGAACAGCUUGACUGUCACUUUUACGACAAGUAGGAAAGAUGCCUUUACGGGCUUCAGCUGCACCGUUGCGAGUACAGAGAACCAAGAUUCCACCUCCAGCCAGCCCAGCUCAACCACGAUGCCCAGCUCGACCACGAAACCCAGCUGUGGUAAGUUCCUUAAAACACUAACCUUAGAUCUGUCAGACCCGAUGCUUCUCGACGUUCAUUUGUUCUAUGGGGUUUCCAUAUGGGAUAAUGGGUUCCUCUAUCAGUUCCUGUUUAGGCAUCACCGAGGGCAG